CGAUAAGGAGUAACGAGUCCACUUUCUCAAGCGCUAAUCUAAUCUACUUGGGGCAGUGGUAACAGGGGGAGGCCAACGCGGGGGAAACAGCUGACGCGCUCCGCUCCGUUCCGCUGCCGCCGUUGGCCGGCCGGGCGGUCGCUGUUGCUGACUUGACCAGAGACGAGCAGCAAGGGGGCAGUUGGAUUGGAUUAGAGGGUGCUUUUAUAUAGAGGAGCACGAGGAGGAGGAGGAGGAGGGCCAUCAAGCAUAUCCAUCUCCGAUUCACAGAUUCUUUCUGGAGAUCCAUCAUCCAGCGAGAGCGAGAGCGAGAGGGAGAGGAAGAGGGAAAGCCGCCACCGCCAUGUUGGGGCAUCUGGUUGGGCUGGUGAAGGUGCGGGUGGUGAGGGGCGUCAACCUCGCCGUCCGCGACCUCCGCUCCAGCGACCCCUACGUCAUCGUCCGCAUGGGCAAGCAGAAGUUGAAGACACGAGUCAUAAAAAAGACUACCAAUCCGGAGUGGAACGAUGAACUCACCCUCUCGAUUGAAGAUCCAGCAGUUCCUGUUAGACUGGAAGUGUAUGACAAAGACACAUUCAUCGAUGAUGCAAUGGGCAAUGCGGAGCUGGACAUCCGCCCAUUGGUGGAGGUUGUCAAGAUGAAGAUUGAGGGUGUUGCUGACAACACGGUUGUGAAGAAAGUGGUACCCAAUAGACAGAACUGCCUAGCUGAAGAGAGCACGAUAUAUAUCUCUGAGGGGAAGGUGAAGCAAGACGUGGUUCUCAGACUAAGGGAUGUGGAAUGCGGGGAAAUUGAGCUCCAGCUUCAGUGGGUCGACAUCCCAGGUUCUAAGGGUGUAUGAACUCUGUACUCUGCCUAUUGCUUACAGUCUUGCAUAGCUCGCAAGUCCAACUCUAAGUUUAUCAGUGGACAAUCAAAUAAGCAACAGCUUAUAUUGAUGAGAUUCUUUUACUGUCCUUGAGGAGGCAGAUACCUCCCAGUGCCUCCUCAAUGGCUGUAAAAUCAUUCUUAUGUUGACACAGCAAGUGUCUCGAAGAUCCCCCACUAGGUGUUUGGGCAGAGCAAAGUUGUACAAUAUGUCUGCAAAGUAUAGUUUGGUGUUACCCUGUCUGUAGAAAAAUAAUCAGUGGCAGGGGUUGUAACUAUUGAAACUUUGUCUGUCUUUCUUCUUGUACGCCAAAGACCAAUGCUAUCUGCGAUUAAUCUUCCUAGCUUUCAUGCAAAAUUUGAUUGUGGAUGGUCAGCCAGUUUA